AUGAUAUUAAGGCAUUUACUAACAACGAAUAAUUCAAGUAAUCUUUUAUCACCAAAAGAUCAUGAAAAUCGAAACGACUCACAAAAUGGUUAUAUUAUAACAACAACAGAGAACACUGUUAAUCAUCAAUCAACAACAUCUGGUAUUUUUCAUGAAACAUCGACUUCACGACUGGUUAAUAAUUCUACGUUACCUGCAACACUAACAGUGGCACUAACUGCGGCAGCAGCAACAGUAGGGGUGAAUGUUCCAACUUAUGCGCCUUAUUCACAAAGAACUACAACAAAUACCAUACAGUCGGCGAAUACGAGUGUUGCAGUAAGUAAUGAACAGCAACAGUGCGAUGAUUCUUCUAUUCAUAAUGCCUUAAUAUCGAUGGUUAUACCGCAGCAUCAUCAUAAUCCGUCAACUGCGAUGUCUGUUGCUCAACAGACUAUUCAUUCAACAUCAGCUCAUGCAUCUAUUAAUGAUAACGUUAAGAAUUCUGUUAGUUUUUUUUUUAUUUGA